AUGGUCUCUACCAGCGAGGAUCUCAUCGAAAGACACGGUUACACCCUCAACUGGGCUAUCCACAUGUGUUUCAAUACCAAGCUCUACGCAGACGUCACGAUUCAUCUCGGCGACGUUGAACUCCCAGCACAUAGCAUCAUACUGGCGUCACAGAGUGAAUACUUCAAGAAGGCUCUCGAGUUGCCCAUGAAAGAGGGCAUCGAGAGGAAGUUUAAGUUUAGCGAGGGAAGCAUGCAUGCGCACUGGAGGAUGUUUGAGUACAUCUACAGAGGAGAAUACAUUCACGAUCCUGCGGUACCACUGGGAUCGAUAGCUGACGACGAAGACCUCUUGAAGGACGUUCGCGUUUUCCAGCUAGCAGACUACUUUCAAAUCGACAAUUUGAAGAAUUAUGCCUUUCAAAACUUCAAGACCCGAAUCAAGAGACUGUGGGUCGCCGAGAAUUUUGUCGAUUGCAUACGAGAUGUGUACGGGAUUCCGAGCAACGUCAGUUACGCAUUGAGGAUCGAGAUUGCGAAAAUUGCGCUCAAACAUUUGUCGGAUCUUUGGGACAAGAAAGCCUUUCGCACUCUUAUCCGCGAGGGAGGAGACUUUGUCAUUGACAUUUUGAAAGACAUUGUUGCUAAGACUCAUCGCAUACUGGAACCUCGCCUCGAACGCUCAUUUCAACCAACGGCAUAUAGUGACAGAGAAAAAGAGACGGAAGAGCAAAGAGCCGAAGUCACCAGGACAAUGUCCCUCACAAACGGCUCCCCCGAGGCCGCCGCCACGGCCGCCAAAACCGCCUCAUUCACCCUCGCCUCGCUCCCGGCCUCAGCCCGCAACGAGGCUCUCGAGGCCAUCCACGCGGCUCUGACGGCUUCCAAGGACGAGAUCCUGGCGGCCAAUGCGCGUGAUCUGGAGCUUGCGCGGAAGGCGGCGGCAGAUGGACAGCUGUCGCAGGCGCUCGUGUCGAGGCUGGAUCUGGGGAAGAAGGGCAAGUGGGAGGACAUGCUGCAGGGGAUAUUGGAUGUGAGAGAUUUGGAUGAUCCAGUUGGCAAGGUACAGCUACGGACAAAGCUCGAUGACGGCCUCAUCCUCGAGCGGGUGUCAUGCCCCAUUGGCGUCCUCCUCAUCAUCUUUGAGGCACGUCCCGAGGUCAUUGCCAAUAUUGCCAGUCUGGCGAUCAAAUCCGGCAAUGCUGCUAUUCUCAAGGGAGGCAAAGAAUCUACAGAAUCCUUCAUCGCCAUCUCACAAGUCAUCUCCUCCGCCCUCUCCACAACUCAGGUCCCCAACUCGGCCAUCCAGCUCGUCACAACCCGCGAUGUCAUCCUCCAGCUUCUAAGCCAGGACCGAAGCAUCGAUCUGGUCAUCCCCCGUGGGUCCAACGACCUUGUUCGCUACAUCAAGGAAAACACAAAGAUUCCCGUGCUGGGCCAUGCCGACGGCCUCUGCAGCAUCUAUCUCACUGCCACGGCAGACAAGGAGAAAUCUGCCGUCGCCAUCGUCGACUCCAAGACGAGCUACCCUGCCGCUUGCAACAGUUUGGAGACGCUGCUUGUCCAGGACACAGCCCUCGACACCGUCUGGCCCGCCGUGGCUUUUGCCCUGGCUUUGAAAGGCGUGACACUCCGUCUCGAUGCUGCUAGCAAAGCCGCUCUCUCAUCCACUACGCUCCCGGAUGGCACUGUUCUGGAUGCCACUCCCGAGGACUACGACACGGAACACCUCAACCUCACCUUGGCCGUCAAGACCGUAUCCACCGUCGACGAAGCCAUUGCCCACAUCAACACUCACGGCUCCCACCACACAGACUCCAUCUUCACGUCGAACGAGGCCGAGGCCGAGCACUUUAUGAACCAGGUGGACUCGGCCGGCGUGUACUGGAACGCCUCAACGCGACUGGCAGACGGCAUGCGCUACGGCUUCGGAACAGAGGUCGGAAUCAGCACCAACAAGAUCCACUCGCGUGGGCCCGUGGGCCUGGACGGGCUCACGAUUUAUAAAUACAAGAUUAGGGGAGAUUACCAGCCAACGACUGGAUACGGCGAGGGCGAGGGACAGAGGCCAUGGAAGCACGAGAAGCUGUCUUUCUAA